UGAAACACACUGAGGUGCCAUCUGAGGAUGAGGGACAGCAGAAUGGGGUAACAAACGAAGGAUCUAAUCUGAUCUGAACAAAAUAACCAUAGAACUUUGAAUUUUUUUGCACUUGAAGCAGCACUAAUAAGCAAUAACCUAAUAUUAAACAACAAAUCACUACAGGUGAUCAAGAUAUGAUACAAUGUGUAUCAAAAUACACCCAUCAUAAGUAAUCUAGACACCUAACCAUUUACUGUACCAGUAGCUCAGAGCAAUUUUGAGUUAACCAAAAUUAAUAUUUUUUCCCCUCUUGAGAUUAAUUGUAUUUGUGAAGUAUUAUAACAUGAAUUCAGCUUCAUAUCUUGCUGCAGUUGCAAGCUUAAUGUUAAAAAUCACAACUGAAGUUUUGAAGGUGAAAAGUUCAGCAGCCAACACUGAAUAAUAAAAACAUAAAACUGAACAAUAAAAACAUAACUUUCCAUAUGAACACAGCAUAUCAGAUGCAAUUACCAUCCUAGUCAUUUUCUUUUUAAAAUAAAUCAAUAAGUAAAAUAAAUAAAUAAACAGUCCUCAAUGUUACGUUGCUUGAGAUCUGUAUAGGGGGGAAGAGGAAGCACUGAAGUAUUUUAUUUCCUCAUUCAUUGGAUUUUCCCAAGUGAGCAGAUAUAUUGCUCGACUACUUACAGGUCUGGAUCACUCAGCACUUUGAUGUGGACUAACAGACCAAACUAAAGAUGUGGUCUUCUCUGAUAGUCGGAGUUUUGCUCCUUUCCCUCACGGAUGUUCUGACAGGCCAGAAGCAUAAAGGCUGUUUGCCUCAGGAUGAGCUGAUGAUCCAGGCGAAGAAGUUCCUGCGGCGGACAGGCAGACACUCUGAGCACAGAGCUGCACGUGCUGUAUCCGCCGCGUCCUGCUCCGAUUUCACACACUGGGUCUUCUCAUCUGAUCUGAAGAACCGAUCCCUGUCUCCCUGGCGAUCAAGAGUUGAGACUGCACAUGACCUGAUCCCUUCAGUAUAUGAAGUGGCCGAGUGUCUGUGUUCCGGCUGCAUCAUUGACGGCUCUGAAAACACCGACUACAACUCAGUCCCGGUGAUGCAGAGCGUCAUGUUCCUGAAGAAGGUCUCGUGCACCUCUGAUCCGGAGAAAUACUCUUUAGAAGUUGUGUAUAAAACAGUCCCGGUCGCCUGCACGUGCGCCGUGCCCAAACAAUAACCUCUUGUAGAGGCAUUAGCAUUUAAACCAAGACAAAAAUGUAGAGACGUGUCUCAUGUAUGGUUGUGUUUGUUUUAAAAUGCAAAACUGUUAAGAUUUUUGGGGUGUUUUUUUAUUUUUAUUUUUAUUUUUUUUGUAUAAACAGCACUACGUGCUAUGUUUAUGUUCCAUAAGCUGCAUUUUCAGCAUGAAAUUACUAUGCAAUCAAAGUUGCAGUUUGGUACAUUGUCGUACAUACACUACUGUAUUUUUUAUUUAUGUAAUAAUUUAUUGACUAUUUAUUUAAAUUAUUCGACUUCUGUUUUGAAGUUCUGUUUUAAAGCUUUAUUUUAUUUUAGUUGUAUAACUUAUAGGCUGCAAGUAAUACUGUAUUUAAAAUGUAUUAUAAUUAUAUUAUAAUUAUAUUUUAAUAUAAAGUAUAUGUGUCCCUGAGCAUUAUAAUUUAACUGUUUUGAAUAUGAAAUAUAUGAAGUCUAUUUAAUCUAAUAAAGUCAUCCAACCUGA